AUGCCCCGAUACGCCUCUUUGAAGCCCCGCCAGCAGGUCAAUUUGAAGAGCUUCAUCGCUCUUUUGCACCGCCGCACAGAUAGUGACUACACCCUGCGCCCGAGACAUAACCAAUCAUACACUUAUCGCCGCGCACUCAUGGCGCCUCGGGACGCAGCCCGUGUACGCAAGGUGCGGAAGGUGAUGGGGCGGUAUGGGCCGUGUGUCACGGAUGAGCAGUUUCGCGAGGCGGUUCGGGAGAGGAGGGUGAGGGGUAUCUUGAUUGGAGGGAAGAAAGAGGACAGCGGGAUGUGGGUUUUUCCGGCGUACGUGUGGGUGUCGGCUAGCCAUAGGUUGGGGGAGAGCGUGGACGAGAUGAUGGGGGUUGAUGAGGGGGAAGAGGCGGAAUGGGAGACGGAGGAGUUUGCAGCGUUUUUGGAGACGAGUGAGGGCGUGAUGGGGGAAGAUCAGUGGGAAGUACAGAGGGGUUUGGAUGGAGAGGACGCGGGAGAUGAUUGCGGCGGGUUCGGAAAAAGGAUCUUGAGAUGA